GCCGCGCUGGGCGCCCGGCUGAUGGUUGUGCAGGCCGAGGUGACCGCCACGCUACGCAGCGGCCUGGCCGAGCUGGACAGCAAGCUGCGACAGUGGGGCUGGGCGCAGGGAUACUCCACGGUAGGCCUGGCUCGACACCCCCCUUGCGGGCGGUGCGAGCAUGGUGGCUGCGGGAUGCCCUCGGGCGCCCCCUGGGGCGGCACUUGGAGCACUGCCCGAUGCUCGGCGGCCACGCUGGCGCGCAGGAUGCGCAAGGAGCGUGCCCAGGCGCGGGACGGAGACAGGGCGGUGGCUGCAGCAAUUGCAGCUGUGGCGGAGCUGGCUCCCCCGCAGGCCCUGGCGGCGGCCCUGGAGGAGCGCCUCGUGUGCCUCGGCAAGGCGCUGCUGCUUCACCACAGGGCUGACGUCGCACUUGGCUGCCACAUGCAUCGCCUGGGCGAUGCGCUGCGCGCGGUGGCCAAGACGCUGGAUGUGGACAUGGACUUCGUUCUCUGGGGCGUGGAGAUCAAGGGCGACGGAGACAAGGCGAGGCACGAGCCCCUCGUCGCUGCGGGCAUCAAGAUGGAGGUCUGCGUCGCGGAGCCCGCGCUGGAGCUCAGCGGCCAGGUGCGCUGGCUGGGCGCCCAGCCAUACGUGCCGGGGUGGGCGCGGGCAGUGGUGCUGCUGACCGAGUCGGGCUUCCCGAACCAGGAGGCCGAGACGACUGCACACGCUGACGAUCGCGCGGACGGGGUCGUCGAGGAUGUGCCCGCUGACGACGCCAAGCUGCACGCGCUGGAGGCCCACGUGUCGGGGGACGGCGCGGGGGGCGAGCAGCAGGAGCCCGAGGUCUUCGGCUUCGAGCUGGUGGUGCUGGACGCCCGCGCGAUGCGCCACGUCCUCGAGGCGGAGGCUCAGCUGCGCAGCUGGGAAGCGCUUUACAAGGUAUUCGAGACGGCCUGUUCGUGCGGGUCCGCAGUAUGCUGGACAGGCUCGGGCGCGAGCCGCACGGCAGGCCUGCUGAGGGUUGCGUCCCGCCCGCGCGGAAAUUGGCCGAGUCCCCGCCGGACUCCGCCAUCCCGCGCGCGGGCGCGGGCGUCGCAGCCGCGGAAGCUGCCAGGUCGCGCGGCGGAGUGCGGGACGGCGACGCGCUGGAGCCUGACGGACGUCCCCAGCCACAGCCUGCUUGCGACUUGCGACGGGGCGGGGGACCGGCCGCCGUUCGAUGUGGAGGGCGAGGAGGGCGUGCCCCCGCCCCUGGUGGAAGGCAAGCUUUUCUUUACGUAA